UUGAGUCAAACGACAGAGCAACAAUCGAUGUUGAGGAAAUGCCCGUCCCCAACUCUGGUGAUCUUUAUCGAAUCGGACAUUAUUUGUCGUAUUUUCAUAGGCGAAUGAAAUAUGUUAACCAAGUUGUUUGGCAUACGCGUGGUACCACGUAAAAUUGUACAACGGUUUCAUUCUUACCCUAAACCAAGUGGUGAUUUAUUCCAAUUUUUCACCCUAGCUAGUUCAUCCCUCCCUAUUAUUGUAUUUUAUUAUGUGAUAUCAUUAACAUAAAAGGUAUAUGGCUUUUCUGGACACCAAUCAUCGAUGUCAACAAACACCAGCUUUGAGCAUGUGAAUCUGCACAGGAGAGAGAGAGAGAGAGAGAGAGAUGUCAAAACGUUUUCAUUUGUUUCCAAGCAAAGAAACAAUAAUUCGAACUUCUUUAAUUUCUUUAUAUCAAAACGGAUGACGACGACGAGGGAAAAUUGAGCUGUCUAACAACUUAAAAAAAUGCCAGAGCCUCCACUCCAUUGUUGUUUAUAAAUAGGGAAAACAAGAGUUGCCAGCCACAUCAUUUCCAUCACAGCAUCCCUUGGUAUUGGCGUGUGAAUUGAAUUGAUUGCUCUCUUCUUUGUCCCAUUUUCCGGAUCCGCUUUCUGGUUCUCAUUUAUUCCUCUCUCGUAACGUCAAUACCAAAAAAGUGAAAAACCCACAUGGCUGUUCCACAUGAUCGCCGCCGCAGCCGGUCGUCGUCCGGCCAAGUGAUGGUGGCGGCGGUGUUGGUUGAUAUCUUCAUGGUUGUCGUCCUAAAUGCCGGCGGUAUCAGCGCCGGCGGGCGAGCCACGGCGUUGGAUUGGCGGAAGGAGACGAGAAGGAGCCUUAUUGCCAAUGGAUUGGGUCUUACACCGCCUAUGGGAUGGAAUAGCUGGAACCAUUUCCAGUGUAAUAUUUCAGAGGAGAUGAUAAGAGAAACAGCGGAUGCCAUGGUUUCAUCUGGGCUUGUUGCUUUAGGGUAUCACUACAUCAACAUAGAUGAUUGUUGGGCCGAGCUUAACAGGGAUUCUGAGGGAAAUUUCGUGGCUAAAAAUUCAACCUUUCCAUCCGGAAUCAAGGCGCUGGCAGAUUAUGUCCAUGCUAAAGGCCUCAAACUUGGAAUUUAUUCAGAUGCCGGUUCUCAGACUUGCAGCAACCUAAUGCCAGGAUCAUUGGGCCACGAAGAACAAGACGCCAAAACCUUUGCUUCCUGGGGAAUCGACUACUUGAAAUAUGAUAACUGCAACGACGACGGGACAAGCCCCAAACUGAGGUAUCCUGUAAUGAGCAGAGCACUGUUAGAUAGCGGAAGACCAAUCUUCUUCUCUCUAUGUGAAUGGGGCAGGGAAGAUCCUGCGACUUGGGCCAGUGGGAUCGGAAAUAGUUGGAGAACAACAGGGGACAUUAGUGACAAUUGGGACAGCACGACAUCUUGUGCAGAUCAAAAUGAUCAGUGGGCGCUUAACGCUGGUCCAGGAGGCUGGAAUGAUCCUGACAUGCUUGAAGUUGGGAAUGGGGGCAUGACCACCCAAGAAUACCGAGCACAUUUCAGCAUAUGGGCAUUAGCCAAGGCGCCGCUCCUCAUUGGGUGCGAUAUUCGGUCCAUGACCAAAGAAACGCACGAAAUUCUGAGCAACGACGAAGUGAUUGCUGUGAAUCAAGAUAAGUUAGGAGUGCAAGGGAAGAAGGUGAAGAAGGAGGGGGAUUUGGAAGUUUGGGCUGGACCACUCAGUCACAACAGAGUGGCAGUGGUGCUGUGGAAUAGAAGCUCUUCCAACGCCACGGUCACCGCGGAAUGGCCAGACCUAGGGCUCGACCCAUCCGCCAUUGUUGAGGUCAGAGAUCUGUGGGAGCACUUGACAUACCAGCGAGUGGGAGUUGAACUCUCUGCUGACUUGGAGCCUCAUGCUUGUAAGAUGUAUGUCCUCACUCCAACACAAUCGGGAAAACUACUUGGGCACGAGUUGUGAAUUAAACUAGAUUGAUCUUCAACAAAAAUGUGUUGUAUCCUAUACUUAUGUCAUUGUGUGUGUUAUUUCCCCCCGGUCUUACCUUCCAAUUUUUGUAUUUUGUUCCAUGGACAUUCAUGGGAAAAAUGGAUGAUAUUGGUCAAAAUUCAACGAUUGGGAAACACAGAAUUCAAAAGAAGAAUGUUAUGUUACAAAUAGUGUAUAUGCAUUUCCUGUUUUCAAAUUCUAUGUCGCUGUGACAAUUGAAUGGGUGUAUUUAUGAGCUUUGUCUAGGUGAUCCAAGUAGCCUUUAUCUACUUAGUAAAUUUACCGAUAUCUU